GCGAGCGGCAAAUCCUUAUAAAAAACCCUUCAAACCCUUUAAUUUCAUUUCAGCCUCUUUCAUCGCUCACUCACUCUAAACUCUCUCUCUCUCUAAAACCCUCCUCAAACCCUAGCCUCCUCCUCUCUCUCUCUCUCACUCUCACUCGCUCGCUUCCAUGGAGUUUUGGGGUGUUGAAGUCAAGGCAGGGCAGCCUCUUAAAGUAUCACCUGGAGAGGAGAAGCUCAUUCAUCUUUCACAGGCAUCCCUGGGUGAGUCUAAGAACAAGGGAAAUGAAUCCACACCUAUCUUUGUGAAGUUUGGUGAUCAGAAGCUUGUGUUGGGAACACUUUCCCAAGAGAAAUUCCCUCAGCUAUCGUUUGAUUUGGUUUUUGAGAAGGAGUUUGAGCUCUCUCACAACUGGAAAAAUGGGAGUGUAUACUUUGCAGGUUACAAGGCUGCUGCUACGUAUGAAGAAGAUUGUGCAGAUUCUGAUAUGGAUUCAUUUGAUGAAGAAGACGAAGAGUUGCCACUGAACAUUGCAGAGAAUGGUAAGGCUGGCCCAAAGAUUACAGCAGUUAAAAGUAUUGCUGCACCUUCUGAAAAGCAGGUUAAGAUUUCAGAACCAAGCAAAGAUGAUGAGGAUGAUGAUUCGAGUGGAUCUAGUGAUGAGGAUGAUGAUGAUGAUGAUAUUAGUGGUGAUGAGGAUGAGGAUAUGUCUUUUGGUUCUGCUGAGGAUGAUGAUGAGUCUGAUGAUGAGCCUGAAGAGACACCUAAGAAGGUUGAAUCGAGCAAGAAGAGACCUUCUGAAUCUGCAACUAAAACUCCAGUCCCUGCUAAAAAGGCAAAAGCAGCUACUCCUCAAAAAACUGAUGGUAAGAAGGUGGGUGGUCAUACAGCAACUCCACAUCCUUCCAAGAAGGCUGCAAAGACUCCUGCAACUAGUGAGCAAUCUAAGCAGAAGUCCCCAAAAUCUGGUGGUGCAUUCUCUUGCCAGACCUGCAGCAGGACUUUUGGCUCUGAAGUUGGUCUUCAGUCCCACACAAAGGCUAAGCAUGGUGAAAACUAGUGACUGGGCUAUCAUAACAUUUGCUGCUGUAGCAUGAUCUGGAUUUCUCUGGAAAUGGAUUUAUAGAGAGCUAGGGGGUUAUUAGAUUUUGGCAUCAUACAUGAGAGAGGGUUCUAGUUGAAUGUCCUGUUUUUGGAGUUUGUCUUUCCGGAUUUAGUCCUCAUAUUUUUGGAUAACGUAAAACGAGGUUAUUUUUACUAUGUUAUUAUGAUUUUUUCUUCU